CGCAGCUUACCUGAUCGGUCAUGCUGUGCUUUCUACCUCUACUGGUGAUAUUUGCAUCAGCGGGACAGAGUCAGGGGAUAGCUGAUAAAAUAGACACUGAUCUAGAAAUUGUCCCAAGACAAGAUGCACAGCAGCAAAAGUUCAUAGAUGCAGAUUUUUCAACUCAAGAGAACUUGGAUGGUGAAAGUGUUGACCUCCAGGACAGUCCCAUUCUGGACGAGAAUGAUGACAACGAGGGAGAUGGAGAUAAUGCUCACGAAUUUCAUGUGGUUGGAAAGAAGGGCCAGUCCAACGCGGCUCACAACAAGUGGCGAUGCUAUCAUCGGAAAAUUAAUAUCUAUAUUACUGAUGAAGACGACACUCUGGAAAGAAAUGAAACGGAGUGUCUAGAAUACCACCGUCAACAGGAAAUAGCAAUGCAACACGGCCGUAUGCCUGAAGAUGUCCCUUUUCCUGGUGUACCAUGUGAGAUGUCUAUUCCGACGAACGGGGAGACAAGGAGGGAUAAAAGAUUCGCUCAUAAAAAUGCUGGUGUCUGGGACUUUGGGAUUGUUCCAUAUGUCUUUGAUAUUGAAAUAAUGGCCGAUAAGGAUAAACAGAUGGGGCGAAUGCGAGCUCACAAUCAUUAUGAGUACUGGACCUGCAUACGUUUCGUUCCAUACAAUGAAACAACACAAAGGGACUACAAGCUGGGUCACAACAACUACCUAAAUCACAUACUUGAUGAAGGCUGCUGGUCAUCAGUUGGAAAUAAACGAAGCAAGAAUGGUCAAAAUAUUAACUGUUGUGGUAACGAUAUUUGUGUUCAUGAACUUGGCCAUGUUUUUGGAUUACAUCAUGAGCAAAGGAACCCCUUACAUCAUAACUACUUGGAUGUACACUAUGGUAAUAUUCUGGAAGAACACUACGAUCAAUACUACGUGCAGAACAUCAAAAGCAGCCAGUUGUUUGGACGUUAUGAUUUGUCGAGUGUAAUGCACUACGGAAUGUAUACCUUCUCGAAUGGAGGAAAGACAAUGACAGUCUUUGAUCCAGACUUGGAGUACCUGGUGAAGAAACUUGAUCCUUACCAAUAUUAUAUGUUCAAUGAAGUUUCGCAAAUCUCAGAGUGUCAAGGUAUAAAGUGUAGCAGUUUUUCACUAACCUGUGAGAACUCUGGAUACCCGGCCUUUAUAAAAAACAAAUGUACCUGUCGCUGUCCGGAGGGACUAGAUCCUGCCACAGGAUGUAGCACACGAUACGACGGAGAUCGAAUGAUUGCAACUACAUGGCCGCCGGAUUCCUUCACUCUCCUCAGUACUCAGAUUACCGGCUGUCCGAGUGGUUUUUAUGAAGGUGGUUUCACACAGCGUCACAAAAAGACCCGAUUGACUCGUCAAAGUUCUAAAUUUAGUGCUGACAUAAUGUCAAAACGCACCUCAACUCGGUACAAAUUUUGUACCAAAAAGAAAACAAGUAUAAACGGAAUUUCACCACACUGGCCUAAAGGAAAAUAUUGCAUCUAUCGUCAUGGAGGAGUUUGUCCAAGUGGAUUCAGUGAGGGGUAUAUACAGUUUGACGAUAGAAGGAAACCCUCCGACUUUUACGGCAUUCUUCCUGAUGGUCACUUUUCCAGAGACACACGGUUUUACUUUUGUUGCCGAAGUGAUGGAGCUACACGUGCGACCAUAAUUCUUCCUUCAAAGGAACCGUUUAUUUUGUUUCCAACUUCUUCAACUUGUCAGGAAGUGUCAGGAAUGAUCUCAAACAAGCAAUAUAUAAGAAUAAAAAACAAAAAGAGGAAAAAGUUGUUCCAUACCUCUGGGGAUACACCACACAUAACCAUUUCGUACAUAGUAAACUAUAGAAUAGAUUUCUGCUUUUAUACACCGAACAAUUACAACGAAUCACUUUCUUACUCAAAAUGGCCGAAGGAGUCUUUUGGAUUAAUUCAAACAGCUCUAGGUUGCCCAACAGGAUUUGAAUCUGGACAACUUGUCGAAUACUCGCAAUAUUCUUUUGUUUCGUCUGAUACUGACACUGCACUCAAGUCGGAGGGUGAAGCUCUACGUUAUAAGUUCUGUACAAAGACAGAAACUACCCCAAUUGGAGACCGGGCAAUGUGGAGCCCUGGAUCAUAUUGUAUCCUCCGAGUCGGGGGAGUGUGUCCUGAUGGAUUCUCUGAAGGUCACGUUUCAUUGGUGGACAGUCAACCGCCAGAAAAUGUGGCUGGUUCCCUUCCCGAUGGUUCCUUCGUUGAUCACAUGACCCUGACUUUCUGCUGCCGAUCGGAUGGAUUUACUCGGAAUCCAAUUCAACUACCUAACAAAGAAUCUUUCAUAAUGUUCAAAGAAUCCUCUUCUUGUCAAAAUGUUGAAGACAUGAGCUUUGAAGAGAGUGAUUUUACCGUUGGAACUAAAUCUAAAGCACCAACGUCCUCCGGACACAUACCGUAUAUAUACACCAAUCGUUACAAAAAGACAUAUAUCUACAUAUGUUACUACUAUCCAACUCAAUAUGACUGUGGCGAUACAAUACACUUAACUAAAGAUGGACAGACGUCUGCAGACAUUUCAAGUCCCGGGUAUCCUAACCCAUACCCUGGAGGAAAAACAUGCUACUGGAAUAUUAUUGCACCAGAAGGUUUCAAGUUAAAACUUGAAUUCAACGAAUUUGAUGUUGCGGCUAACCCCGAAGGAACUUGUAAUGACAGAUUAGAAAUUAGACAUUCACUUCCUGGUCAGUUUGGACUGAGCUUUUGCGGAGACAGAUUCCCCAUGACCGUUCUUUCAGAAGAAAACCAGUUAGGACUGACCUUUCAAAGCAGUUUACGGCAAUAUGGACGGGGUUUUUCUGCGGAAGUUAAACUUCUAGAACAAAAUGACAUUAACUUCUGUUAUACGAAUGAUGGAGAAAAUUACAGAGGAAAUGUUGAUAUCACUCGACGAUUUGCUAAAUGUUUACCAUGGUCGGAAAUGAAACAUUGCUCAAGCAAUACAUAUAAUCCUGAGGAUCUAGACGAUGACCUACUUGGUAAUUAUUGUCGGAAUCCUGGCCGCGGCACUAGACCUUGGUGUUUCACCAAUAAGUUCCUGUGUACUAGAGACUAUUGUGAUGUGUGUGGAAUCGAAAGGUGCUACGAUAUAUUUGACGAUUGUGCUGAAAGAACAAAAGAUAUUUUAGACUGUCAUCGAGAACCAGAAUUGACAAGAGGCUGUAGAAUGUCGUGCAGAAUGUGUGGUAGUCAACAUGAAGAUGGUGUUGGAUAUACAAAUUGCAAUAAACCAACCAUCCCAUCAGAUUCAACAAGUGGUAUAUUGAAAGAGAAUUAUUCCGUGGGUGACACGGUAGAUUUCAUGUGUAAAACAAACGCCUUCGAGAAGCAAACAAUAACCUGUUUAGCUGACGGAUCAUGGUCGAAUGCUGGGUUUGCUUGUGGACGUUGUAAAACUGGAUGGACGCCUUACCAAGGUCAGUGUUAUAAAGUUUUUGAGGAGGAGGUGGACCGUACCACUGCAGUAGCACGCUGUGUAGGUGAAAACAAGGCAACGCUGACGUCCAGUAAAGACACGGAAGGAAACAAUUUCUUGAGAAGUUUGGUACAAAAUGGUGUAGACUUUUGGAUCGGUAUAGAAAACGGGUUUUGGUCAGAUGGACAGCAAGUUGAAUGGUCUAACUAUAAGCGAGGUGCUUCAAAGAGCUGUGCGUAUAUGUCAGCGAAAACUGGAAAAUGGCGAGGAGUUAGCUGUGGGUCGGCAUACUAUAUCCACUACGUUUGCUCAUAUUCACCAAAAGCUCGACAGAUAUGUGAGGACGCGACAUCACACUGCGAACAGUACAUACAGCAGGAUCCCCACGCAUGCGCUAAUGCUGACUUUGUUUGGCAUACGUGUCCUGAAACUUGUGGAUAUUGCAACAGUGUACAAGACAAUUGUCCUGUACCCAGCGUGAUCCCAUAUAGCAACACUGAACUUCUCACGUCUGCUGCCGCCCUGUCCAUCGGAAACGUGUUAGAAUACAGGUGUAAAUCUGGUUUCUCUCACGCUGACGGAAAUCUCCACAGAGCCUGCCUCAGAAAUGGGACAUUUACCGGUUCCCUGCCAGUAUGCAAAGCUUCCGAUACAAUGCCUGAACCUAAUAACGAUGCACCCCUACUACAGCUUGGUAAAUCUUUACUGACCAAGUUUUCCUACACUGGUGUUAAUGAUAUGAUGCGCAUAAAUAAAAACGGAAGGGUUGUCAAAUGGCAGUUUUACAGUGAGACAAACGGCAUCAUUGCUCUACAAGUUUGGAGGCCAACUUCGACAGCUAAAACCUACACACUGAUUGGUCAGAAUGAGGUCUCGGAAACGUAUGUGGAAAGAAUUCGUACAUAUGAGGUGCCACUUGAUAACCAGAUCGAGGUUCAGUCAGGAGACAUGAUUGGUGUAUUUCCCCUUAGCGCUGAAAUUCCGUAUGAAAGAUGCAACAAGGCCGAUGUAGGAGCAACAUAUGGCUCCGUGAUGGUGUCAGUGAGCAGGAAAUCCACAACUUCUGGUUGGAAAGUUUUGUCUGAUUACUCGUUCAAGGAUAUUAGCACCAACUGCAGAGUCAUACCCGUAACUGCUUUCAUUCAGUAGAUUAAAAUACUUUAAAAUAUG